UCUCCGUAUUGCUAGCUUUAGUCUACCGUUUUGUCUCGUAUAGUGAACUACCCAAACGGAACAUAUAAGAUACUCUAUAUAUAAUAAAUAUUAUUUUCGAAAUUAAUUGAUUUAUUGUUGCAGAUGAAGAGUGUUUAAAUGAUUUAUUAUUUCGAAAAAUAGUAGAAAUAGUAAUAUUUUUUUCUAAGGAAGAUAUUUUGGAUUUUUACUUCAUAACUCAGACAUUUAAUUCAAAUUUUACUUUGUCAGCGUGCUACUGAUGUGUUAUGGAAGCCUACGAAGAGUAAAACAGUAAAUCGAUGAAAACGUAGUUAUUGAACAGGGUUGUCUCGAAUAUUUGAAAAAUAUAUGGUAAAAAAUGGUAAAAAAAUGAUCUGAAAUAGGAUCAAAAUAACUUCAAAAAAAUCCAAUAGAAUAAUCAACUUGCGUAUUAAUUCUGAUUGUAAGACAUAUUACACAUAAUGAUAAAAGCGAAGGAUUAUUAACCAUUGAAAGACAUAUGUUGUUUCAUUGAAAGUUCUUGACUCAGAAAUCAUUAUUAUUGCAUCUCAGUUCUGCUACAACUGAAGAAAAAAACAAGAUUUAAUUAAUAAAAAGAUCAAUAAUGAUGGACUUUGUGACAACUGCAAAAGUUGCGAUACAAGCGAAUAUGAUUGCGAUCGGUAUCGGAAAACUAAGUAUCAUACCGAUUCUAAUAUCUGUCUUAACUUAUCUGAAUUAUGAUCUAGUAAAUCCCGAAAAUCAACCUCGAGUCACGAAAAAAUUAUUAAAAGAAUACGAUUUCAUAGUGGUCGGAGGCGGUUCAGCAGGUAGCGUUGUCGUUAACAGAUUAACAGAGAAUCCAGAAUGGAGUGUACUUCUUUUAGAAGCAGGUGGCAAAGAAAUCGAAAUCUCGGAAAUACCAGCUUUGUCUUCAUACUUACAAAAAAGCAAAUUGGAUUGGAAAUAUAGGCCUCAAGCACAAGAUAGUGCUUGCCAAGCAAUGGAAGAUAAUCGUUGUUGUUGGCCGCGUGGAAAGGUAUUAGGUGGUUCAAGUGUACUUAAUGCUAUGCUUUAUGUUCGUGGAAAUCGUCGUGACUACGAUCAAUGGGAAAGCUUUGGUAAUCCUGGUUGGGGAUACGACGAUGUACUCCCAUAUUUUAAAAAGUCACAGGACCAAAGAAACCCAUUUUUGGCGCAAAAUACCACAUACCAUAGUACAGGAGGUUAUUUGACCGUUCAAGAUUCUACGUAUACUACGCCUCUGGGUCCAGCUUAUCUUCAAGCUGCACAAGAAAUGGGAUAUAAUAUCGUGGAUAUAAAUGGCGAACAACAAACGGGAUUUACAUUCUGUCAAUAUACAAUGCGUAAAGGUACUAGGUGCAGCGCAGCCAAGGCAUUUAUACGACCAAUUAAAAAUCGCAAGAAAUUUCAUCUAUCGUUAUGGACCAAUGUUACGCGUAUUCUCAUAAAUCCACGCACCAAAAAAGCUUACGGCGUAGAGUUCAUUAGGAAUUGUCGUGUUGAGACCGUAUUUGCGAAGAAAGAAGUUAUACUUUCGGCAGGUGCCAUAAACACUCCUCAAUUAUUGAUGCUAUCUGGAAUCGGUGCUAGGGAUCAUCUGAAAGAACUUGGUAUUCCAGUGAUCCAGGAUUCACCUGGUGUAGGACAGAACCUUCAAGAUCAUAUAGGAUUUGGUGGUCUAAUCUUUCUUAUUGACAAAGAAAUUAGUGUGGUAACUAAACGCUUGAUUGACUUAAACGUUAUAUUGAGAUAUGCAAUUAACGAGGACGGUCCUCUAACUUCGAGCUAUGGUCUCGAAGUAAUAGGCUUUGUAUCUACUAAAUAUGCUAAUCAAUCGGAUGAUUGGCCUGAUAUAGAGUUCAUGAUUACCUCUUCCGCUAUUACUACCGCAGGAGAACAACUGAUACAUGCUAUGGGUCUAAGAGAUGAUUUUUAUAACGAAGUCUACGGUGAGAUUACUAAUAAAGAUAGUUUCAGUAUCUUUCCGAUGAUCCUCAGACCCAAAUCUCAAGGUUAUAUAAAAUUAAAGUCGAAAAAUCCACUCGAUUAUCCGUUGAUAUAUCAUAAUUAUUUGACGAAUCCUGAUGACGUGAGAGUAUUGCGAGAAGGAAUCAAAGCAGCAAUUGCAUUUGCUAAAACAAAUAGUCUGAAAAAAUUUGGAACAAGAUUCCACACUAAGCCAUUUCCAAAUUGUAAACAUCUUCCUAUGUUCACGGACGAGUAUUGGGAAUGUGCGAUUCGUCAAUUCACGAUGACUAUUUAUCACAUGUGCUGCACUGCGAAAAUGGGUCCACGAUCCGACCCAAUGGCCGUCGUAGAUCCCUCUUUAAAAGUAUAUGGAGUAGAAGGUCUUCGAGUGAUCGAUGCUUCGAUCAUGCCCGCGAUCGUUAGUAGCAAUAUCAAUGCACCUGUAAUAAUGAUAGGUGAAAAGGGUUCAGAUCUCAUAAAAAAAGAUUGGUUAUAUAGACAAAAAAGAAGCCGUAAGACUAAUGCAGCUUUUUGUAAUGAAUAGUAACCAAUUACUAUAGUUCUUGGAACGAAAGUAAAAGCCAUAUUUUUAUUACACAAUGGAAAAUAAUUACGAAAAUUAAUAGAAGUUACUAAAAAUUUGCUUUUUGAAGGUUUAUAUUCGUAUUUCUUUUUCUAUGCUUAAGAUGAUCCAUAUAAUGAGUAUUCAUUAUGAUAAUCCGAUGAAAGGAACCGGUAAAUUGGACACGAUCGGUGAUGUCAAUCUACUUGCAUUUCUUAACCUAAUCUUUGCACAAUCGAAAUAUACUGAAGUCGAGAUUUUCUUUACUCACGUUUUUAGGCAACAAAUAUAUAAACAUUAAGUGCUUUUGAAGGCCUUCAACGUUUAAAGUAAAGUUAUUAUGGAGACAGUCUUUAUGUACCCGGCUUUAUUGAUAACAAAGAUUCCUGGUAAAAUUAAAUUACGAGCACCAACCCUGCCGAUCAAGUUAAAAUUUACGCAGAUAAUUUUGCCGAUCAAUCGGACAGAAAGAUUCGAUCAAUCGGACAGAAAGAUUCUUUUGAAGUCUCUCGAUUUUGUUAAAUUGUUAAUGAUGAUCAAGACUUUACAAAACCAUGGAAUAACCAUACGUCAUUACGAUAUACCCGAUUGUCAUUACACUGAACCCGACACCAUGGAAUAUUGGAAUUGCAACUUAAGUAACAGAACAGGAUCAUUUUACCAUUCGGUAAAAGUAGGUCCUUCUGGUGGUCUUACAAUAGUCAUCGAUCUUCAUCUCUAAGUACAAGGCAUACAGGGAUUAACAGUCGUCGAUGCUUCUAUAAUGCCGCAAAUUAUCAGUGGAAAUACAAACGCACCAAUAUUCAUGAUAGCCGAGAAGAGAGCAGAUACGAUAAUAAAGGACUGGUUCGGAAAGGAUGAAGUUUAGAAAUAAAAUAACUGACACUUGGAUAGCGAACUUUAAAUUUUUAUAAACCAGGAUGCUGUUUUAAUAGAAAGCUUCUUUGCUUUUAUAACAUAGAAGAAGAAAUAUAUCGUAUUUAUUGGGAUGCUUAAAAAUAUUCAAAUAGGUUUCUGAUAUUGGGGUUUAGUAUAAGUAUAAGUUAUAUUAUGUAGGAUUAUAUAAAUGUUAUGUCUCAAAAUAAAUUUUCAAAAUUUCAAUGGAGUAGUUUUAUUUUUUUGACUAUUUCGUAGAAAAGUUUGGGUUGCGUCUGGGUUGCGUCUGGGUUGCGUCUGGGUUGGUAGAAAAGUUUGGGACAUUAAAUAUUAUUAUAUUACAAAUGAAGUAGAAAAUACUUUCAUUGGUUUAUAAACUAAUAAAUACUAGAUACAAUUUAAAAUUGUAGAUAUGUUAUGGUAAAAUUAUAAAAAAUUCAUAUAAUAAACUGUUUCUUGUUAAAUGCAUAA